AUGGUUUCGCGGGUGCAGCUCCCACCUGAGAUCCAGCUCGCGCAGCGCCUGGCGGGCAACGAGAAGGUGACCCGGGAUCGGGCGGUGAAGAAGCUCCGGAAAUACAUCGUGGCUAGGACUCAGCGAGCGGAAGGUGGCUUCACGCAUGAUGAGUUACUGAAGGUAUGGAAAGGACUGUUCUAUUGCAUGUGGAUGCAGGAUAAACCACUCCUCCAGGAGGAACUAGGAAGGACCAUUUCCCAGCUUAUCCAUGCCUUUCAGAGCACAGAGGCACAGCACCUGUUCCUUCAGACGUUUUGGCAAACUAUGAAUCGUGAGUGGACGGGGAUUGACAGGCUGCGCCUGGACAAGUUCUACCUGCUCAUGCGCAUGGUCCUGAACGAAUCCUUGAAGGCCCUACAGAUGCGUGACUGGGAGGAAAGGUCAGUUGAGCAGUUGCUGAAGCUGCUGAUGACCGAGAUCCUGCAUCCUGACAGCCAGGCCCCCCAUGGGGUGAAGAGCCACUUCACUGAGAUAUUCCUGGAGGAGCUGGCCAAAGUGGGCGCAAAGGAGCUUACUGCAGACCAGAAUCUCAGGUUCAUUGACCCCUUCUGCCAAAUUGCUGCAAGGACCACAGACCCCCGGGAUCUGCAUAACAUAGCUCGUGGAAUCUUUGAGACGAUUGUGGAACAGGCCCCAUUCGCCAUUGAAGAUCUAAUGAAUGAACUGGAUGAAGAAGAAGAGGGGGAUGAUAAGGAGGAGGAGCUGUCAGAAGAAGAUGACUUAGAGGAGAAUGAUUUAGAGGAGAUGGAGGAGGAGGAGAAAAAGGAUGAACUAGAUGUGCCUACUGUGAAACCAGCUGAGAUGCAGCUGAAAGGCUCCAUCCAUAAGCCUCAACCUAAGCCUGGAGUGGAGCUGGCAGAAGACGAUGGGGACGGUGCUGGUGCCGUGUUGCAGUUUGACUAUGAGGCAGUUGCUAACAGACUCUUUGAAAUGGCCAGUGAACCGAACACUCCUUCUCUGAACAGAAAGCGUCUCUACAAAUUGAUCCGGAAGCUGCAGGACCUCUCUGCAGGCAUCUUCCCUGAGGAUGACGUCCCUGAGAAAGUCUAUGCCUAUCAGCAUGAAGGGAGACUGCAGAGGAAGAUGAAGAAGUGUUUGCUCAAAUCCCAGUUGCAGAAAAAGAAAGGUAGGACCUAA